GGGGCUAUAUAUAUAUAUAUAUAAGUUGAAGCACCCUACAUCACCAAUAAACUUACUCGCAUGCUUAGUUGCAAAAUGGGGCGGCAUCAAAUCCUCGGCCUACUCUGUUUCCUCUUUUUCUUACAUUCUUCCCUUCCGUUUGCCUCGUCCCUUUGCCCUCCAGACCAGCGCGAUGUCUUGCUGCAUUUUAAGAAUUCCCUCGUCCUCCAUGAGAGUCCCUAUGUGCGUAAUGGCGGCUGGUUCCACUUUGUUUGUGGAGUGGAUGUUGCUGGGUACACCUCUGAUUCAGAGAUACACGAAUGGAACGAGGACACAGACUGUUGCUCGUGGGAUGGCGUCACUUGCAACAAUGUCACCGGUAAUGUCAUAGGUCUCGAUCUUCCCAGAAGUGCGCUUCGUGGGUAUUUCCACUCGAAUAGCUCCCUCCUUCUCCCGAAGCUUCGAGUGUUGAGGUUGUCUUCUUGCAACUUGACCAAGUUCCCCUAUUUCUUGAAUUCGUUAAAAAAAAUAACAAAUUUAGACCUCUCUUCCUAUAGGAUUAGUGGAGAGAUCCCGGGGUGGUUUUGGGGAAUAGGCCAUGACACAUUGAAACACUUAGAUAUUUCUGAUAACCUUCUAGAGGGAGCUAUACCCCAAUUGCAUUGGAAGCGACCGUCGUAUAUUGACCUUCAGAAAAACUCAUUCCAAGGACCACUCCCAAUCCCUUCACCUUCUACUAGUUACUUUUAUGCCAAUGACAAUGGUUUCACUGGUGAGAUUCUCUCCUCGAUUUGUCGGUUGAGUUCACUCUUGAUAUUAGAUUUGUCUAACAAUAAUUUAUCAAGGAAUAUGCCCCCAUGUUUUGAUAAUAUAACCAAACUCUCCACAUUAGCUUUGUCUAACAAUAGUCUCUCGGGGAAUAUACCCCCUUGUUUUGGUAAUAUAACCAAUCUUGUGCUUCUAAACUUGAGCAGCAAUAAAUUACAAGGGCCAUUACCACACUCGCUAGUCAAAUGUGUGUGCUUUUCACUAGAUCUAAGUCACAACAAGUUUAGUGAUAUCUUUCCCGCAAACAUUUUCUCCAACACCUCAUUAAAAGUAAUAGAUUUGUCCAACAACAAAUUUGGAGGGCCAAUUCCACUUCCAUCUCCUGAUACAAUGUAUUAUUCCAUUGCAAGCAAUAACAUAACAGGAAAGAUCCCUUCUUUGAUAUGCAAUGCCACCAUGCUUGAGAUGAUCAACUUAUCUAAUAACAGCUUAACAGGUAGCUUGCCUCGGUGCUCGACAAAUUUUAGCCCCUUUCUUUCGGUUUUGAACUUGCAAAUGAAUAACCUUGAGGGAACAAUUCCUCGAUCAUUUUGUUUGAGAAGUAACUUGCCGACUCUUGACUUGAGUCGAAAUCGGUUUGAAGGCACAUUGCCCCGGUCCCUUGUCAAGUGUAAAUAUCUGGAAGUUUUGGAUCUUAGUGACAAUCGGAUAGAGGAUACGUUCCCGAGAUGGUUGGGAACACUCCAAGAGCUAAAAGUUCUUAUUUUGAGGUCUAACAAUUUUAAGGAUCUUCUGAAUAUUCCCAGGGAAGCUUGGGUCUUUCCCAAGUUACGCAUUUUGGACCUCUCCAACAACAACUUUGUCGGUCCUUUGCCAGCCAACUUGAUGAUGAACCUUAAAGGCAUGAUGAACGGCCAAAAUGGGCAAGCCAAAUCAUUGUAUAUGACACAAGAUUUACGAUCGGGGUCAUAUGAAAAUUCCGUGACUGUGAUAAUGAAAGGGCAAAAGAUUGAGCUAAAGAAGAUCUUGACCAUCUUCACAACAAUUGACUUGUCGCACAACUCUUUUCAAGGGGAUAUUCCAGGAGUUAUUGGACAUCUUCACUCACUCAUAGGGUUGAACCUUUCUCACAACCAUCUUACAGGUUCCAUCCCUUUGACUCUAGGGAACUUGACUGAUCUUGGAUGGCUUGAUCUUUCUUCGAACAAGCUUAAUGGGGGAAUUCCUACAACAUUGGGAGAUUUGGCAUCCCUUGGGUAUUUAAACCUCUCCAAGAACCAACUCACCGGUCGAAUUCCUCAAGACAAGCAACUUAGCACAUUUUCAAGCGACUCGUUCAGUGGGAAUCCGGGCUUAUGCGGAACACCAUUGCCAAAAGCAUGCCCUGGUGAUGCUCAGCCUCCUCCAUCAUCAUCCUCAUCAUCUUUCGAUCGCAGAAGGCAUGAGAGUUGGUUCAAACACGAAACAGUGUGGAUAGGUUAUGCAUCUGGAGUAGUAAUUGGGAUGUCUACAGCAUACAUUGCAUUUGAAAUGGGAAGGCCCUUAUGGCUCGCGCGAGGUGUGAGAAUGCUGGAGAGGAGAGCAGCCAAGUGGAUUGGAAGACCAAAGCGAAAGGCCAUCAGAUUUCAUGGACAAUGAAUUAUUUGGGAGUUGUCUAUUUAUACCGUGCAAUGUUGAUUCAACAAAUAAGAAUUUCACCAGAGCAGCUUGAAAUGACAUUUCCAUUAUGAAGGCAUGUCUUGAUUCUCGGUGCAAUUGUUUUUAAGUUGAAUCGAGAAAAUGAAUAAUGAGAUCUCU